CGGCGCUGCGGCGGGGCCGCUCCGUGCUCGGCUCGCCGCGGGGAGCUCCCGCCUGGGGCCGCUCGGCAGCGCGGGCAGGGGGAUGCGCGGCGGGGCGGCGCGGGCACAGCUCCGCCACCGGGGCCAGCGUCCCCCCCGGGGCAGCGGCGGCCGCGGCCGCCCACACCUGGCGGCGGCCCUGGGACCGGGAUCGGGCCGGAGCGGAGGGAUGACAUCUAAGGAUGCUUCAGGUGAAGCUAAUAGUAACUGGAGAUGACUUUGGCUAUUGUCCUCGGAGAAACCAAGGCAUCGUGGACUGUUUCCUGGCUGGUGCGAUAUCUAACGUGUCCCUUCUAGUCAACGGAAGUGCUGCAGCAGAUGCAGCCAAAUUGGCAAGGAGACACAACAUCCCAAUAGGCCUGCAUGCCAACCUCUCCGAGGGCUCCCCUGUAUGUGAGGUGCUCAAGACAAACUCUUCUUUGCUCAACCAAGAUGGAUUCUUCCAUGGAAAAAUGGGAUUCAGAACAGCUCUAUCAAAAGGUCUCCUGAAUAUGUCAGAGGUGAAGCAGGAGCUAAAGGCCCAGGUGGAGCUGUUCCAUGAGCUGACAGGUCACCUACCUCCUCACAUGGAUGGGCACCAGCACGUCCAUGUUCUCCCAGAGGUCAGGCAAGUAUUUGCAGAGGUGUUAGAGGAAUAUGGGAUUAAGUACACACGUGUCCCAAUAGAGCCAGGCCUGCAUAACUGUGACUGGAUUCCACCAUCUCUGAUGGACUUUUACCUGGGAGUAGAAGAAGAUUCUUUUAACACAGUGGAUGUGUUUACAAAGCAUGGAAUAAGAGAUACUUUUGAACAUCUAAAAACCAGGAACCCAAAGCAUGGAUCUUACAGACACCUGAGCUCCAUCCCAGGCAGCCACCAUGGAAGGACACAGCUCCACACCUGCAGCAGCACAGCCUUCUCCAACAGCACCCAGGCACUCUGUGGGACAUGCAGCUCAGCACCACACGUUACUACCCCUGCAAGUACUCUGAGUGUCCAGCACCAGAACAGCCUAACCUCUGCAACUCCCUACAGCAUUUAGCUAUGGAUCUAGCAUGGAGAACGGCUUCUUUUACAUCAGUAGGUGGCAACUGUGCAAAGUCUUUCCUUGAAGUCUCUGGCAUGACUCCAGGAGAUCCACGUUCCCCAUCAUACAUGUCUGGAGACAAUUUCCUUUCUACAAGAAAGGGCCAUGAAGCCCAGUACUGCCCUUCAAAGAGAAGCCUUAGAUCCUCUCCUAAAUCUAAUCACUCCAUAUUUGCCUGUUUUAACCCUGAGACACUGUCCACAACACCGCAUCCUUGACAAAGCUUGUGGGCUUUAUUCCCACUGCUCACGUUUCAUGAGGAGUCAGGAUUCAACUGGGGCUCUUUGAAGAGGUGUAAUGGUGGCUGACAGAUCAAACCUCCACCUCAGAUCUGGAAUAUGAGUCAUUAGCCAUGUUUCACAUUUUUGCUAAGCUAGGUGUGCUCCUGGACCGGCACACCUCCACAGAGCUGCUGUGAAUCAGUGGAGAAGACUUCAUUUAGAUGGCACUAUUUGAUGGGAUAAAGCUCGUCAGAAAGAGGCCAUAAAAAAGGUCUUUGGCCUAGGGAGCGUGAUUUGUUCAAGCACACCCUCAGAAAACAAACCCAUCUUGAUCUCUUUAUAACGUGAAUUCAUGUUUAAAAUUGAACGGUACAAGUACAAUGGCAAAAUUUGUAAUGCUUGUUUCACACAGAGGUUUGUGAACUGAAGAUGCAAAUGGCUUCCCCAGCUGGAAAAGGGCAUCCAUUCCCACCUGGACAGUGGAAACGACUCCCAGUUUCCUACAGGCAGACUGUGUUAUUAUGGAUGUACUACAUCCAGUCUCUUUGAGCCAUGGUGAUUAAUAUGAAUAACUACGAUGCAUGACUUGAGUCCAGAAAAAAUGCAGUACUUCAAAAUGUUGGCAAGACCUUAAGGAAACAGGAAUUGCUUAAUUUUAUAUAACUAUAAAAGGUUGAAGGUUUAGUCUAAUUUAUCAAAGACAAGCUUGCUUAUUUAGCUCAAAGAAAAGACAGUUAGUGCUUAUCCUAAAUUAUUUUAAAGGUAAUUGAGUGACACAGUGAAAAACCCUAUUUUCUUUCGUUAUAAUCACUCAUCAUUCCAAGACCCUGACAAAGACACCCCAAAGACUCUUCCCAACUGCAAAACUUCAACAGUGAAAGACUUUAAAUCAAAGUGGACCUGUGAAUUUGGGACUUCAACAGUGAUAUCAGGUUGAUACACAUGUGAGUUUGGACCUUCACAUCAUGCUGCAGCAAUCCCGAUGACAUCAUCCCUACGAGAGCUCUACUUUGUUCCUACGGAGAUGAAUGGCAAAACCAGAGCCAUUUGGGCUGCCUUGACUCCCCAGAGCAGGAAGGGAGCUGCUUAUUUAACAGCCUCUGCAAGCUAUGUGACAGAGCAUCCCACAGCUCUUGAACUGCAUAAAAACCACACACAACAUGAACAACCAACAGAUAUUAAGCAAUAAAAA